CGAGCGAUGCGCCUGAUCCUGCGCGAGUCGCUUCAUCUGACGGCCGAAUUUGUUUUUAAAAUUAGCCGCAUAAACAUCAAAAUUUUGAUAUGAUCGCGAUCAGAAUGGCUCACAGAAUCGACGAUGCGCCUUCCUGAGAUCUAAUUAUGACAGAAGAAGAGUUUUAAUCGGCGCAAGGAUCGAUGGAGAGACUUUAAUGUCAGAUUGAACCGCAAAGGCGAAACUCUGAUGAAUAAUGCCUGGGAAGUUAAAGGCGAAGAUUGUUGCGGGGCGGCACCUGCCCGUCAUGGACCGUGCCAGCGAUCUCACAGACGCCUUUGUGGAGGUAAAGUUUGGAAACACAACAUUUAAAACGGAUGUGUACCCCAAAUCCCUGAAUCCGCAGUGGAAUUCAGAGUGGUUCAAAUUCGAGGUGGAUGAUGAGGAUUUGCAGGAUGAGCCGUUGCAGAUAACUGUUCUUGACCAUGACACAUACAGCGCUAAUGAUGCCAUAGGAAAGGUGUACAUCGACAUUGAUCCACUGCUCUGCAGUGAAGCUGCUACUGUCAUCUCUGGCUGGCUCCCCAUCUAUGACACUAUACACGGUAUAAGAGGAGAAAUCAAUGUGCUGGUGAAGGUGGAUCUCUUCAACGACCUGAACCGCUUUAGACAGUCUUCAUGUGGGGUUAAAUUCUUCUGUACAACCUCCAUUCCCCGAUGUUACCGGGCCAUUAUGGUACAUGGCUUUGUGGAAGAGCUUGUGGUAAACGAGGAUCCAGAGUACCAGUGGAUCGACCGUAUCAGAACCCCUCGAGCUUCAAAUGAGGCCAGACAGAGACUCAUCUUUCUCAUGUCAGGUGAAUUGCAGAGGAAGAUUGGUCUGAAGGUGCUGGAGAUGGGAGGGAAUGCAGUGGUGGGGUACCUACAGUGUUUUGAUCUGGAAGGAGAAUCAGGCCUUGUGGUUCGUGCCAUCGGGACAGCCUGCACACUUGAGAAAAUCAGCAGCACACUCCUUGCCACAGCCACACACCCCAGCAACUCCUCUCCUUCAAAAGACAUGAAAGAGCCAGGGUUUGGGGAGGAGGCCCCAGGCGUCCCGUUAUCCUCAGGACCCCCCACCCCUCUGAGAGCACAAACCUUCUCCUCCUUCUCCCCCUCCAAGUCCUACAGUCGCCAGUCCUCCUCCUCUGACACCGAGCUCAGCCUAACCCCCAAAACCGUGGGGAUAUUUCUGUUUCCCAGUACUCCCGCCCUUGAAUCUGAAUCAUCUCCCCUCCCCUCUGCCCAUCUGCCCCGUCACUUAUGGCCAGGGAUGGCCUCCAGGAGUACAACUCCUCCCCCACUCCGUCUCAGCCAAUCAGACACAGCCAUUCUGAGAAAGAGCGUGUCUUUCAGUGAGGAACUGCUGCUGGCGGCCUCUGGAAUGGGAAGUGGCGGCAGUGCAGGGAAGGAGGCGGGGCCUCUUAAAGCUCUUCUGAGGCAGCAGACCCAAUCAGCACUGGAGCAGAGAGGGGUUUCAUCAUCCUCUGAAGCGUUUGUUAGAACAGGGGAAUACCCUUUCUUCACGUUGACCGCCUUCCCUCCUGGAUUUCUCCUUCAUGUGGGUGGUGUGGUCAGUGCGCGCUCAGUAAAGCUUCUGGAUCGAAUCCACAACCCAGAUGAGCCGGAGACACGGGAUGCGUGGUGGGAGGAGAUCCGUCAGGAAAUAAAGUCUCAUGCCAAAGCACUCGGCUGCCACGCUGUGGUGGGGUACAGCGAGUCCACCAGCAUCUGUGAGGAGGUGUGUAUUCUAUCAGCAUCAGGCACUGCGGCGAUCCUCAGCUCCCGGUUCAUGCAGGACGGCCCGCUGGACACCGAACACAGGUUGUCACGGCAACCGCUUUGUGUCUUUUCUACAGGGUCAGAGAGGGUCGAGGGGGAUAUGGGUAGUUCAGCAUCGCUAGGUGUGUCAGGUCUAUCAGAGGUUGGCAGCCAUCCGUCGGCCAGAGCCCCCUCAGUUGAUUACAGUUCCUUUGCAGACAGAUGCAGCUCCUGGAUAGAGCAGCUUAAACUGAAAGCUCACACCAUAAGACGCGGAUCGGUUAAAACAACAUCAUCUAUGGAGAAGGCCAGCCCGUUGCCUGAAGGUCGCUCUCGUUCUCUUCGGUCAAACCGUUCCUACUCGGGCAGUUCUGUCGCAGUGGUCAAAAUGACCCCGCUCUCUUUCAUUCCUGGAGCAAAGAUCAUCAAAUACCUUGGCAUCAUCAACAUGUUCUUCAUUAGAGAGACCACCUCACUCAGAGAGGAGGGAGGUGUGAGUGGGUUUCUGCAUACGUUUAUUGCUGAAGUAUUUGCGAUGGUUCGUGCCCACGUCGCUGCUCUUGGAGGAAAUGCUGUCGUAUCCUACAGCAUGAAGGAGUGUGUGUUCAUGGAGAACCCUAACAAGAACCAGGCGCAGUGCCUAAUCAACGUCAGUGGGGACGCUGUCAUGUUCGUCCGAGAAUCUGAACUCGAGUCGACUUCGGUACAGACACAGUCGGCCACCGCACACACCUCCAACGGCGCAGAAGGAACGUGAACUCGCAUACACACACCAACAAACUCAAGUAAACGAGUCUUAACAUGAACCAUGCCAUUUAAAGCAGUGUCACGCUAAAUCUACCAACCAAAUCUCCAAAAAGAAGCGAAAAUCUAGACCUUAUUGGUUAGUUCUCCAAAGUGUCAUAUUUUGACUCAUUAAAUGGCCAAUAUUUUGUUUUAUUUCAGAAUAAUGUUUUAAAAUCCCCUCUGUCAGAAGCCUUUCAGAAAGGUCAUCUGUCAUGUUUCUAUGUGUUGGCCAUUGUUGUUCACAUUCCAUUUUGUCCCAAUGUGGCGGAGGCAGCUACCAAUUUCAAAAGGUCUAUAAAAUUCGUCUUUGUGUUCAUAAAGUGUGUAAAUGUGUCAACGACUCUUUAAAUGGCCAUGUUUUGUAUUUAAAUAAAGGAAUAAACUACUGAUGCACUCACAUGGACAUCCAGUUCAGGAUUUUAAAUAAGACACUUCCUGUCAUGUCCUACUGAUCUCUUUAAAAUCAUGUCAAAUGCUGGAAACAUUUGUUUGCUUUCAUGUGCCACGAUGUAUGCUUUUUUCAAAUCAUAAUGUUUGGGUCGGACUUCUGCAAGGCUGGUCCGGUUCUCUUGCAUGUGCAAUGCCAGUUAAUCAUUACGAGAAAGAGAUAUUUUAGGGCAGGGUUGUGUUCACCAUGGACUGGCACUUGAAUGUACAGAUGAUGGGUCUGGAUAUAUGAGGUGCGCGGCUCUGUUCAUGUGUUGACUGACUUUUGAUGCUAUUAUUUUGUAUAUGUGUUUGCCUGAGGACAAAUCAAAAUUGCACAUUAAUAAGAUAUAAUUGAAUAAAACUAUUAUUGCUCUGG